AUGAGAUUUGCAGUUGAGGAGCUGCUUGAUCGUGAUGAGCCGCAGGAAGAUGUCCUGGGGUACGGGAAUUGUGAACCGGAUGGGGUGCAGCUGUGGAUGCCGCGUAAAGAGGGUGACAAGCCCGAUACCGUGAGCCUCCUAGUUACGUUGCGUGCGCAACUGGAGCGAAUGCAUAUUAGUGAAAAGAUGCCCAAGCUGCGAAUGGGCGGUGGGGUCUUUGUGCGGCCGAAGGUGACGUCGCGCGUAGCAGCAGCCACGACGGUGCAUAAGGAUACAAGAACGAGCGCCGCAGCGCCGGUACAUACGAUGGCAACCGCGGCUGAGAUGCUGCAGCCACUGCGCAACAAGAUGGAGGACCUUGAACGCACCAACCGCGCGGAGGUGGAGAGGGUUGUGGCCCUGAAGAAGAAGGCGGAGGAAGAGCGUGGUCGACUGGAGCAGCAACAGCGCGAACGCGCGGCUCGCGAAGAGCAGGAACGCCGGCGCCGGGAAGAAGAGGAGCAGCUGCGAAAAAUAGCACGGGAGAAGCAGGCGGCCGAGGCUGCGGCGCAGCGUGAGCAAGCGGAGAAGGAGCGGCUGCGGCAAGAAGCGGAAGCACGGAAGGAGGCAGAGGCAGAGGAGGCCAAGCGGCGCAGGGGCGCAGUUAACUUCCAGGAAGUCGAGGACGAGUAUAGAAGGCAUAUGGAACGGAUCCGGACUAUCAAGAGCGACAUAGUAGAACCUGUCAAGAAGGAUGCAGAGCUGCGUAAGCUUCUUGCACAGCAUAAGAGGAAGAUUAACCCGAAAUUCGGGCAACUGACGAAUAGCAGCACUCACUUGAUGGAGCUUUUGCGCGACAUGGUGGGGCUGAUAGAUGCUACGAGGUCCAAUAUGAUUGCGUACAGAUGGAUAUUAAACUUUAUUGCCAAGGCAAUUGUGUCUCAGGCAGAGACGGAAACACGCGUGAAACCGGAGACAGCCGUGCCCUUGGCAACGCUUACUUUACAUCUUUUGUGCCGCUAUCCUGAAUUGCAUGAGUUGCUGCUGGCGCGCGUUGUCAAGAAAUGUCCCUUUGUAAUUGGUUACACCUGCAAUACCGAUACUGAAGAAGGCCGCAUCAGAAUGGGCUGGAAGCGCAAUUCGGACGGGAAAUGGGAAGACGAGACCACAUAUGACGAGAGAAUGGGUGGGAUGAUGACGCUCUACUCUGUUAUAUCAAGAUCACCCCUCCCAGCAGAGUUCAUCACUGUCAGAGAACACCCAAUAGGCAUAGCUCACUCGUGGAAGAUGUUGGCCCGGUUAGGCAACCAGGACCCGGCUCUUCUCACCAACACGCAUUUUGUACUUCUGGGCAGCUGGUGGGACGCCGCAGCCUCCCAUCUUCUCCUGCAUUACGGCAAACAGGCGCGCAAGCUAUUGCAAGUAGUAGCAGACGACCUUACGACAGCAGUUUCCGACCGAAAAUACGUUGGUGCAGCCCGCCUGAGGAUUCUCCUGGAGGAGUGGCACCAGACAGGAAGCAUUAAAUCAUUCCCUGAAAUGGCAGCUUGA